AUGAGGUAUCACAGAACGCAUUUCGAUUCAUUCUUGUUGAAGAAUCAAUCGCAGUCCCGCUACACUCACACUGCAAAUCAUUCCAAAGGGCCCUUGGCAGGAAUUCGGAUCCUAGAUCUGACGCGUAUCCUCGCAGGACCGUUUUGUACACAAAUCCUGGCAGAUUAUGGGGCGGAGGUGCUCAAAGUUGAAAAUCCAAAGGGAGGCGAUGACACUCGCUUGUGGCGAACGGCAAAAGAGGACCCUAUUUGGAAAACCACCGACAAAGAUAUGUCUGCAUACUUUUGUGCGAUUAAUCGAAACAAGCGGUCAAUCACAUUGAAUCUCAAACAAGGAAAAGGGCGCGAUAUCCUAUUCGAGCUUGUCAAAACGGCUGAUGUAAUCGUGGAUAACUUUCUCCCAGGAAAGAUGGAUAGCAUGGGGAUUGGGUACGAUAGACUGCGAGAGAUAAAUCCAUUGAUCAUCCAUGCAAGUGUCUCUGGAUACGGUGCAAGUGGUCCAUACUCCCAUCGUGCCGGCUACGACGCCAUUGCUGCAGCUGAGGCUGGUAUGCUACACAUCACCGGCGAGCGUGAUGGACCCCCAACACGACCUGGCCUUGGUCUCACUGAUAUGAGCACCGGUCUGUACCUGCACGGGACUAUCCUUGCCGCUCUCUACUCCCGUAGAGAUACCGGCCGCGGGCAGAAAAUCGACGCAUCCCUAUUCGAAAGCCAAGUGUCUCUGCUAUCUAACGUGGCAAUGUCAUGGCUGAACGCGGGCGAACAUGCGGAACGAUGGGGGACGGAACAUCCAAGUAUCGCCCCAUAUCAAGCUUUCAAGACAAAGGACGGCCACUUGGUUCUCGGUGCUACGAACAAUAAUCAGUUUCAAAUACUUUGUCGGUUGGUGCAGCGACUGGAUAUGGUGACAGACCCACGGUUUGUUGACAACAGCUCUCGCGUCCAAAAUCGGACCAAACUCAAAGAAAUACUUGAGCCGAUCAUCAGUGCAAAUUCGACGAACGACUGGCUCGCUCGAUUGGAGGGCAGUGGCUUGCCAUAUGGCCCUAUCAACAAAAUCGAAGGAGUAUUCUCGCACCCACAAACCGCUGCCAGGGACAUGGUGCAUAGUAUUCCCCACGGAGCCUCAGUGUCGGGGCAUAUCAGAGUACUGGGAUUCCCUGUCAAAUUCAGUGAAACCAAACCUGCAAUCCGACGGUCGCCGCCGAGUCUUGGGGAGCAUACCGAUUCCACAUUGAAGGAAAUGGGAUUUUCGCCAAGUGAGAUCGCAGUGAUGCGCGCACAGGGUAUUGUGUGA